CCUGUCAAAAGUUUGAUAACAAAUUGCGAAAAAGCAAAAAAAAACAAAACGUCAACUAACCAUAUGUAAAAAUAGCCGCGUAAUACGAUCGUAACACGCACUGAUCGUUUUUAAUUUGAUCUUAUCCUCGCCUUAAAAGCCUCAAGGUAGUACCGUAAAUCCGUCGUGAUUCCACUGUGACACGUGAAAUAGUUUAACUUGAAUGUCUCCUCCCAGUUGCAGACGGAUACACACUUCCGAUCGUACCACCUGUGAGGGUUUUGUGUGUAUGUGGAUCAGUGUUCAAUAAAGAGCCCAAAGUGUGUGAAGGUUUGCUUUGUGUGAGGCACCUUUCACCAUGUCGAAUGAACCGGAAGCAAAGCGUCCGAAGUUUCCUGAAGAACAGGAAUCACCAACCAUCGUGCGGGAUGCCGAUCAUCUUAUCCGUAUACAUUCGAUCCUGGGGGAUGAAUAUACUAAUCCAACACCACUAGUUGAGGUGUACGUAGGAAGCGUCAAAGAGAAACGGCAACUUUCCCAACUGGUGCCGGCACUCUCGCGAAUACUUCCCAUCGAUGAACUGCAGCAUCUGAAGCGUGUUAAUCGCGACGGAACGAUCAUAUUGGCAUCGGUAGAUAAGUUAUUGCAGCAUCUAUCUGGCAAAGAUGACCAAGAAGUUGAUUCGGUCGAGUCACGCCUUUCAAGGUUUCUAACAUCGAACGGCUUAGAGCCGCCAGUGAUUGAUGGGCUUUGCGAGAGCCUAAGAAUUGUUUCGGUUGCUGCCGUGUUACCGCUGCUCCGGUGGCAGUACGAAACGGUGAAUCGGAGGUGGCCGUGUAGAUUUCAUCCGAACCACCACAAUGAGGCACUUUACACGGACACACUAUUCGGACCGCAGGAAGCAACGGUGCACCGACGGGUAAUGGAAAUCUGUCUACAGCUGUCAGAACACUUCGAAGGUCACCCAUUCGGUGUGUGCGUGAACCCACAACUUGGGGCACGCAUUGUAGCCAUUGGAACGGGACGCAGUGAACAGCAUCCAAUCUGGCACUGCCCGAUGGUACUGAUCGACAUGGUAGCCGUAUCGCAGAACGGUGGCAUAUGGCAUCGAAAGGCAAACGAUCGGUGUAAGGAUAUACCCAAGACUAGCGCACUAAGGAAGGAUGGCUUUCAUUACGGUGGAAUCGACCCACAGUUUGAGCGGUUUAUUCGCGAUCGUUAUGGUGAAAUCGUUUGCCUUGGAGCCGAACCGGCACGAACAGGAACAUCCGACCGUGUAGGACCAAUGGAUGGGGGUGUACCGAUACCAGAAGAUAAUCUGGCCAAAUACGGACCAUAUCUGUGUACCGGGUACGAUGUCUAUCUUACACACGAACCCUGCAUAAUGUGUGCCAUGGCCCUGGUACAUAGUCGGGUGCGGCGUGUAUUCUAUCAUCAUCCAACGGCGCGAGGCGCUUUGGGGACGCUGAUGAAGCUGCACACGGUGAAGGAUUUAAACCAUCACUACGAGGUGUUCCGGAUUGUUUAAUGCAACUCUUAAGCUGUAUGGUAGUUAACAUGAAUUGUAUCGAUGAUAAGAAAAAAAAACCCAGUCUUCAAAAAUGAGAAAGCAAAAAAUAUACAUCUCCAAACUCCGUAAGUUGUUUUGUUCGAUGCAAAAGUUUCGUGAUCUUUAGUUUCAGUUCGCAAUGUCGAUGAUCGUCGACACUUUCGGAACCUGUUUUAGCCGGGGAUUUUUUGAGCUUAAGCCUAAUUGCAGCGUAAAAUAUCGUCGUUGAUAGUCCCGCGAAUCCCACACGUGAUAUUCACAAACGAUCGUUCGCCAUCUGCGGCGAUGUAGUAAGAAUGUUCACCCAUUGAAAGGCGUUUCUUAUACGCACACACUUGUGGCGGUGAAACCCCCCAUUGGACCCCGGUGCGGUUUGGAGAUGGUCGCCUGGCAAAACUGUCCGAUCGCCAGUCAUCAUCACGCGUCCUUUUCGAUUGAGGUCAAUUGGACAGGGCAGAUCCGUGCCCGUUUCGUUUGCGGUGCGGUUUCCAAGCGCGAGGGGUGUGCAGCUAAAGGGAGACAAACUGUUUAAAAAAGUAUGCGGGGUCCGUUCAUCAUCGUUUAUUUUAUUGAGACUCUUCAACACGAGACACGGUUGGCAAAAGAGCAGACAGCAGCGGGAGCAUACGAUCGUGAAGAGUUUUGAGCACACUAAACGAUAAACUGUUGCCCUGCACAAGGAAGGAAGGAAUCGAAGCAAAACCAAUUAACGCUACACUUGUGCGUGGUAGUGGAUGUAUAAUAUUAUCUUUCAUUUGCAUCUUAUUGUAGGUAAAAAAAAAUGGUAAAAUAUUUACCUUUCCUUAUAAAACAUUUCCAAUAUUAUUUUGCUUAUUGAAUUUUCUGGUAACACUUUCAACGCUACUCACUGUAUGUUGUUUGCUUCCACGGGGACUGGGGUGCGAUCGCGAUCGGAUGGCUGUCCAGCCCAUGGAUACAUUGGUGGCGUUCUAAGUGGCAGCAACCAAUAGCCAAUUUGCUGUGUGAGGUGGUUGUUUGUCGGGAAGCGCAAAACUGUAUUGAAAUUUAUUUGACAGUGAAACUAACUGCUCCCAAUCCCUUCCGAAAUGGUGCAAGAAUACGGCUCAAUGUGCGCUACAGUAAGACCACGAUCUCAAGGCUCUCAAGGCGGUCCGGGAUCUUUUAUCUCACAAUGAACUUGACCAUUGCAAAUAUGGCGGAACGGUUGAAUGGGUUUUUGAUGUUUGAUAAAAUCUUUCAAUUCGAUCGAACCAUAAUGUCAUUACGAUGUGAAUGAAUUUAUAGUUUUCGGUGUGCCAUUAUUUCUAAUUUUGCGUAUUCAUCUCAAUCGGUUUGAUGAGUUUAUUUUCGUUUUUUUUUAUGUUGUAUGCAAUCGGUUACAUUUGAUGAAGCUAUCUGGAGCAGACGUUGAAUUCUGUUGGUUGAAUUCGUCUAUAAAUUUGUACCUUGUUAUUUAUAGAAAGAAUUUUUAGCAUGUAUAUGAGACAAUAGCACAAAGCGAAGCGUUACAAUUAAUAUAGCUUAUCGUAUGCAAAUUGAUUGAGAAACAAUGAUUUGAUUGAUUGACACAGUAAAGGUAUAUCUGUAGAGUAGGUAUAAUAUGAAGAUCCAGUAUAAUCCAGUCUAUUUCGGCGAAAGCCACCCGUUUGCACCUUCGAAAGAGGGAAAAAUGAUAACAAUUUUUGCCGAUGGUUCGGUACAUUCGGGCAAGAAGAUGUCCCCGGUGUCACCUAAUGAAGAUGUGUGUUAUUUUUUUGGUUCAACUUGGUAACAUAGCGCAUGCGGGUUUAGAGAUAUUGACAAUGCUGUUUCUGUGUUUUUUUCCCCCGGCGUUGCCGAACCGGUCACAGUGGCGCGGUGAAAACGGUGGAGAAGGAUCCCACCGACGACCCAAUAUUCA